AUGGAAAGUGAGUCUAUGGGUGAAGCUCAGCAGCACAUGGAGCAGACAAUGGAUGCACCAUUCGAAUAUAUCUAUGCAUCCACGACUUCUUUGGAGCCAUACGACAUGACGCGUGACUCCUGCAACCAGUCCUUGGGUGGAAGUCAGCGCCCCCUGGAAGAUACCUUGAGUAAAGGCAUUCAAUACUUCGAUCCAAGGCUAGCAUCGCCCUCGUCAAAUGACAGCUCAUGCAACAUGGAAAGUCGAACUUUGAACUAUUACAUGGACAGACCUCAGUCCAUGGGCGGAUAUAGGGAUCAGCUCAAGGAGGAUGCCAUGGCUGAACGAAUUACAGUUCCCGAUUCCAGUUUAUCUUUGCCUUCGUCACAUGAGGGCCCAGCCAACAUGGAAAAUCGCGAUUUUAAUCAGUCCAUGGGCGGAGAUCAGCAGCCCAUGGAGGAUGCCAUGGAUGGUAGUGGUGAAGCAUCAUCCAGCAGAGAAUGUCUCUCACUCAAUGAGUCUAUCGAAGAAUUCCUGCAUUGCAUGCAACGGAAAAUGGAUGAGAUAGGAAAACAUCCCGACCAAUCGGAUGCAUAUCCCACAUCCACCACUUCAAUGGAGCCAUGCGAGAUGACGCGUCGCUCCAUCAGCCAGUCUAUAGAUGGAGAUCAGCAGCCCACGGAGAUCAUUCCAUUCCUCAACCCGUCUUCGUUAGAUGUAGACCCAUGCGACAUGGAAUAUCACGUUUUUGACCAGCCUGCAGGCGGAGAGGAAUGCCUCUUGGAGUACAACAGGAAUGAAGGCAAUCAAAUCUUGGAACCGGCUCUAUCUUCGUCUUUGUCAGACGAGGACACGUUCAAAGUGGAAUAUCGGGAUAUCCAUCAGUCGAUGGGCAGAGAUCAGCACCCCAUGGAGAAUACCACGGAUGAAAAUAUUACGUAUUUCGAUGCGAGUCUUUCCUCGCGUUCGCCACACAAAGGCUCUUCCAACAUGGACAGUCGAACUUUGAAGCAUUUCAUGGACAGAGCUCAGCAUCACUUGGAACAGGGGACUUCUCUGCCACCGACUUCGAGUCGACUGGAGCCAUCCGGCAUGAGAUGUCACUUUAUGGACCAGUCCAUGGGCGGAUAUAGGGAUCAGCUUGAGGAGGAUGCCAUGGCUGAACGAAUUGCAAUUCCCGAUUCGAGUUUAUCUUUGCCUUCGUCACAUGAGGGCCCAGCCAACAUGGAAAAUCGCGAUUUCAAUCAGUCCAUGGGCGGAGAUCAGCAGCCCAUGGAGGAUGCCAUGGAUGGCAGUGGUGAAGCAUCAUCCAGCAGAGAAUGUCUCUCACUCAAUGAGUCUAUCGAAGAAUUCCUGCAUUGCAUGCAACGGAAAAUGGAUGAGAUAGGAAAACAUCCCGACCAAUCGGAUGCAUAUCCCACAUCCACCACUUCAAUGGAGCCAUGCGAGAUGACGCGUCGCUCCAUCAGCCAGUCUAUAGAUGGAGAUCAGCAGCCCACGGAGGUCAUUCCAUUCCUCAACCCGUCUUCGUUAGAUGUAGACCCAUGCGACAUGGAAUAUCACGUUUUUGACCAGCCUGCAGGCGGAGAGGAAUGCCUCUUGGAGGACAACAUGAAUGAAGGCAUUCAAAUCUGCGAACCGGCUCUAUCUUCGUCUUUGUCAGACGAGGACACGUUCAAAGUGGAAUAUCGCGAUUUCAAUCAGUCCAUGGGCGGAGAUCAGCAGCCCAUGGAGGAUGCCAUGGAUGGAAGUGCUGAAGUGUCAUACCACAUGGAAUAUCGCGCAUUCAACCAGUUUUUGGACGAAUCUCUGCAUCACAUGGAACAGACUAUGGAUGAGCCAGGAAAACAUCUCCACCAAUCGGAUGCAUAUCCUAUGUCCACCACUUCAAUGGAGCCAUGCGAGGUGACGCGUCGCUCCAUCAGCCAGUCUAUAGAUGGAGAUCAGCAGCCCACGGAGGUCAUUCCAUUCCUCAACCCGUCUUCGUUAGAUGUAGACCCAUGCGACAUGGAAUAUCACGUUUUUGACCAGCCUGUAGGCGGAGAGGAAUGCCUCUUGGAGGACAACAUGAAUGAAGGCAUUCAAAUCUGCGAACCGGCUCUAUCUUCGUCUUUGUCAGACGAGGACACGUGCAAAGUGGAAUAUCGCGAUUUCUAUCAGUCCAUGGGCGGAGAUCAGCACCCCAUGGAUACCAUGGAGGAACUAUCCGACACGGAGCUGCCCUCUUUCAGGCAGUACAUAAGCAGAGGUGUGUACCUGCCGGACACCACCAUGGGAGGAGGUCCGCCACAAUUCAAAAAGACGACAAAGGAUGCAUCUCAAUUUGACGAUUUGGUGCACCCAGCCGGCAUCGAGAGGCCCAUGGUCAGUUCUCAGAAUGUCAUGCAGGAGACCUUGCUUGGAAUUCAGAAGAUUUUCAAAUCGGCGAACGGAGCAACGAAGUCAUCGCUUGGUUGCCAUCCAGUGGGGCAAUCUGGCAUGGGAAAGAUCUCAUUCAAUCAGUCAACGGGUGGCCCUCAGCAACUUAUGCAACUGAUGUUGGGUGGAGCGGUGCAGGGCGACGAGAAGACGAAUCGAGCACCGCAGAAGUUGCAGAAGUCUCUCUUGGAGCCCCAAGCCGACAUGGAUAUGUAUCCAUGGGUGUCUAUGCGACGCGGUAUCAGCAAGUCCAUGAGCUGCCCUCAGAUCGUCAUUCUAAGUACCUUGGAGGAACCGCCCAAGUGCCACGUCAAUACCAAGCUUGAAGCUCAGAAACUUGAAAAGGGAUCAGGACCAGGAACAGGACCAGAACCAGGCAAAAUGGAGCAGCACUCUUUGCCUGUGGAGAGACCUAAGCUUCUCAGGCAUAAGACAAUGGAUGUUACUCAGCAAGGAGACAAAAACAGCAAGGCUGAUGCACCGACAUUCAAAUGUCCGGGACCAAGCGGCAUGGGCAGCUAUCUCUGGGAUUCCAUGGGACGUGCCCUCGGCAAGUCUGUUAGCGGCCUGCAGAUGCUCAUGCAAAAUGCCAGGGAUGAAUCGCUUAACGGCUACGAAAAGAUCGAAAGUGGAUUUCAGAAACUAAAUGCCGUCAUUAAUGGGGAUUUUGUGACGAGCGAUAUUCGCCCUUAG